UCUUGGCUGCCGCGGAUAUAAAAGCCGGGAACGCGGCCGGCGUGAGGGACGACCUUGAGUGCGGGAGCUGGCCGUUGGGAGGAAGGUGAGCCCGUCAGCUUGAGGAGCAACUAAAGCAAAAUGGGUGAUGUAGAGAAGGGCAAGAAGAUCUUUAUCCAGAAGUGUGCACAAUGUCACACGGUUGAGUGUGGAGGCAAGCACAAGACUGGGCCAAAUCUCUGUGGUUUAUUUGGACGCAAGACUGGACAAGCUGAAGGAUUUUCUUAUACUGAUGCAAACAAAAACAAAGGUAUUAUCUGGAGUGAGGAGACACUAGACACCUACUUGCAAAAUCCGAAGAAAUAUAUUCCAGGAACAAAAAUGAUCUUUGCAGGUCUCAAGAAGAAGAGUGAACGUGAAGACUUGAUAGCUUAUCUGAAAUCUGCCACAGCCAAAUAACUAAGUCUGUUGCCUUAUUUAUUGAUCAGUUUAGAUUUGACUCCUGAUUGAGCAACCUCUGUUAGUGUUGCAGUUGAAUUUUUAACUGUAUGGUUUUAAUCACGUGUCUAAUUCUGGCAUUCUCUACCACCCUGUAACACUGCAUUGUUUAGUUUUUAAAUUUGGAAAUCAUUGAUCCUUUCAACUAGUAAGAAUAAAAGGGACUGUCAAACCACUUUCUUUUCAUUGCAUUGUCACUAAUAUUGUCAUUGGUGAUUGGGAAGAUUUGUAAAUAUGCUGUUUUAUUAGAUUUUCUCAGGCUUCCACAAUUCCCAGUUAAGUGCUAAACGUGGUUCUGCUGAAUCAACUGCCCUCAGAAUAUAUUGGCAGUCUCUGGAACAAGUAUUACCCUUUUUUAAAUGGGCAGUUUUGACUUCCAAGCAAUAAUGGUUGAAAAUUUUUCAAAGUUUAAAAACCUGAACAUUAGGUUCUAGUCCAACGGCUGUAUUUGUAUGUACUCUUUCAGAGUGCUGCUUGGUCAUCGGGUAGCUGUGACAGGAGCAGCACUCCAAAAGCUAGUAUUUACAAAUAAACCUGUUGGAUUAUGGCCGGGUGUCCACCCCAGUCCAACAAUGGCACUUCCAUCAUGGAAAAUGUUCAGUUAACAAAGGCAGAUUUAGAAGUAUAUAUCAUGUCAAAGGAUUGAUUUUAAUUUGUCCAGCAUCUUCAGUGCCCUAAAGAUGCAACAUGAGAUUGAAGUGUUAAUCUGAGCACUUCUUUGCCUGAUGACACCACAAAUGGUGAACUGUAGUUUUUGAUUACACAAUCUCAAAAUUGACAUUAGUGUGGCACAUGUUAAGCUUUGAGCUACCAGUUGCACUAUUCUUGACACCAAAUUGGCAUUUGUUCUUGGAUUUUGAAUGAGUUAUGUUUUCUUGUCUACUAACUGACUUCAGGUAGAGGUCGGUGAACCUAAUAAAAUUCCACACUUGUAUCUUAAUAUUUGGUUAAACUUUAUCACUUCUAAUCCAUUUUAGAUUUGUGCUGAACAGCUAUGCAUGUUUUAAGUCAAAUCAGGUUCCUAAAUUUCAUGGGAAAAUUGUAUCAAUCAUUUUGGAUUUAUUCUUGACUUGCAUUUGCAUGUAUAGAUGUUUCUCAUUUGCAUUAUUGCUAUUGAUUAUAUUAACUCUUGGUGCCCUUCCUAAUGACUAGGCUUAUUCUCAAGUGGCUCUUUCUAUGGUACUGUGGUAUGUUCAAUUUAAAUGUUACCACUUAUGGCACUGAACCAAUUACUAGUUCACUUUAUACUUCCACAUUUUUUGAUCUCUAGUCAGAUUGAGUUACACUGACUUCUCAUCCUGAAUACUAAGAUUUUUAUCACAACAGUAGAAGUAUCCAAUUUCAAUUCACUUUUGUAAUCAAGUCAGCAGUUCAUCUAAUUUACAUAUUGCAGUUUGUUUUAGACAUUUUGGUUACGUCACUUUAUCAUUGAUCUCUUUAAUCACACGACAGUGAGCACCUCAGGUCCAGAUACCUCCAGUUUUGAUUACCCCUACUUAGACAAUUGAAUGUCUGAUUUUAAAAACCCCAAAUGCAAUGUCAGAUGUGUACUCUUACACUGAAUGCAAAUUAAAAUCCAUUGCUGCUUUUGGCAAAACAUUACAUCACCAUGGGGGCUGCUGUUCUAAAUGCCCUAAGACUCUCUGGUCUGCUUGUUCACUGUUUUGUAUUGUGAAGCAUUAGCCUUUUGGCAUUGUAAUGGGUCUUUUAGUACCUUUUUGACUCUUCACUGAUCUGGAUUGUAGAAAGUUCUGCUUGUGCAAUGUUGAGCAAGGUGAAAGGACAGGUAGCCAGUGUUAACUAUGUACAAGUUGAAAUAGUCUCAUUUCUAAAUUCCUUUACUGCUAUUGUCCAAUCCCUUGUGUUAGACUAGUUUUCGAUUUCCAAUAUGCAACAUUAAACUUGGUAUUUAAACUUAACUGAUUUCAGCAAAGCAAAACUGCACUUGUGAUUUGGUUUUUUUGAUCAAUAUAAAUUACAGGAUGUAAGAUGUACUUACCUGAAAUUUCAUACAGCAGCUUGAAGGAGCUCUGAUAAUUCAUGAACUGGCUAUGAAGAAUGCUUUCAUAUGCUAACUCUCAGCAAUUUAAUUGGCCAAAUUUUCCCCCAUUGUAAAUUUGCAUUUCCCAACUGCUGAAAGCAAAACAUGGGUUUGUGUGUCCUGCCAGUGAGGACAAGGUGGACCUCAGAUUUUGAAAUGUAGCUGCCUAACUGGAAAAGCUCAUGCUUUGCCUCUGGUUCAUUGAAUAAACAUUGGAGGUAUGAGUAUAGAUUAAUGUUUCAUACUGUAACAGUGUAUUUACCAGAAUGUUUCAAUUUUGUUCAUGUGAUUGGGCAUUAAACAUUUGAUCCAAA